AUGAAUUUUUUAAUAGAAGGUAAACAACUCCUAAUUAUAUUGGUAAUUUGUCUAUUUCUUAUAACAAAUAUCUGUGCAAACCUAAAGAAGCGUAAAUUAAACAAUAAAGAAACUCUACCAAUUGUUGAGAUAGCUCGUUUAUCAAGAAUUGCAGCAAAGUAUGUUUCUGGAGCUCAUAUUACAGAGAUUGUUGAUGAUCCAGGACCUAGAGCCCGUGCUUGGAUCUCUAGUAAUUAUCAGAGAGCUAAAUAUAGAAGAUUACAAUGGAGUUGUAUCCUGAAAACUCUCAAAGAACCAAUUUUAGGAUAUAAAGUUGAAAUAUCGAUAUUUAAUCAUAAGAAUCCACCUCCUGUACAAACUUUUAUGAAGUCAGAAAAUCAAUUAGAGAUGUAUCAUCAAUGUUUAAAUGUAUUCAAUUUUAUACAUGCUCAAGCAAAAAGUAUGAUAGUUAUUCCAGAAGCUACAAGACCUGUUUUAAAAGUUUUAUUGUAUUAUAUAUGCUACAAAAGUGUUCAAGACUUUUUUGAGGAUAAUUGGCCAAGCUCUGUAAUGAUUCUUCGGGAAAUAAUUUCUAUGGCUAUAUCACUUUCUAAGACUAAUAAAAUUGAAAAGCUAAGAAUUAAUACUUUGAUUAGUGAGUUUUCAAAAAGUCCAUAUAGUCAUGAGAUAGUUCCUAUUAAUAAAUCUCAGAGAUAUAUGAAUAUUGAUAUGGAAGGAUAUAAUAUCUGGCAAUAUGCUUUAUAUAGAAGUCAAAUACUAUAUUCUAGUGAAAUUCCUAUACGAAUGCAACAUCAAGAAGAACUUUCUUAUAUAGUUAUGAGUGGUUCACCGGUUCCUCCAACUGAAUUUCUUAGUAUGCGUAAUUUGCAAUUAUUAUAUACAGAAUCAUUGCAGUUUACAACUGCUUUAAUAUUUUCUAUUAUUCUAUUAAAAGUUCGUAAUACCCUGCCAAUAAGGUCAUUAGAAGUAAAUAUAUAUAAUAUUAAUAAGAUGCCGAAGAAAUUUGUAAAAAUUAAUGUAUUAUUAGCUUUUGCAGCUAGAAUUGCUAGAGAUUAUGUUUACGUAAGAAGUGAAUGGUUUGAAUUGGUAAAUGCACUUUUAGAAUUAGAUUUGGAAGAAAAACAAAGAGGAAAUUCCCCUAUAUUGAAAUGGAAUGGUAAAAUGAAUAUGCCAUUAAAUUUUGAGCCAGAUAUAGUAGAUCCACAACAAUUAAUUACAAAUUGUGUAAGAUCUUUGGAACAACUUUCCAUACAAGGGACUUUAAUAAUAAAUUCUGUACAAUCCAAUAGUGGUCCUGAGAUUUUGCAUAAGUUAGAAAAUAUUUGUACUAGGGUUCAACAUUAUCUUUUACCAUAUUCUAAAGUAUAUGCUAAUUCUCAAGAUGAAAAUAAACAUUUAAAAUCUAUUCUUAAAAAAGUAAAUCCUUUUGAUUAUGGAGAACCUAAAAAGAAAAAUAUUAAAUUUGCUCCUAAUGUUAAAGUGUCAUCAUAUGUUUUGGGUUCUAAACCUUCAGAAAUAGAUGAUUUAGGUUAUUUUACUUUGGAUACUUCUUUGAAGACUACUAUGAAGAGAUCAGAAUUUGAAUCUACAGCUAGAUAUGAAAUUCCAAUACUUUAUCAAAAGCAAGCAACUAAUGAAGAUGAAGUUAUUUCAGAAAUAUUUGAUAAUAAAUUUGUGGAUACUGAAUAUCUUUUGGUUGAUACACCUUAUCCAAAAUCUGAAUAUGAGUUUCAAUCUCAAAUGAUACAAAGUAUGCAACUUGAAGAACCUGAAUAUCAAGAGAUAGAUAAUAAUUCAACAAAAGUCAGCAAAUCACUAGAAUUAAAUAAUAUAAACUUAGAUGAUAAGGUUAAGGUUCAAGACUUGACAGAUGACUCUAAUUUUACUAAUGAAAUGAAUAGUUUAGAUAAUUGGAUAUUAGAUUAA